GACAUCUGAUAAAUUUCAAGGACUCAGAGUUUGCUCCUUCGGGCAUUACACAACGGCAACAGAAAGGCAUGGACAUCGCACUCUUCUCCCCAUCUUCGAUUUUUGGCCACGAUGAAGACGAUGAUGAUCAAUCCUCUCCACAAAGAGAGGCUGUCCAAACUUACGAGGAAAGAACCCACAAAUUUCCUGAACUGGAAUUGUCGAUUCGGGAGUUCACAUUUCAUGAAUUGAAUGCCAACUUGCUCUGGCCGGGAACAUUUUCGUUUGCUGAAUGGUUAGUUGAGAACAAGUCUCGGUUCCAAGGAAGUCGCAUCAUUGAGUUGGGAAGUGGCACCGGAGCUCUGGCUAUUUUCCUGCGAAAAUCUUUUGGUGUAGAUAUUUCGACUUCAGAUUUCGACGAUGAGGAAGUUGAAGAGAAUAUAGCUCAUAAUUGUCGGGUUAAUGGAAUAGUCCCUGCUCUACCACACAUCCGACAUUCCUGGGGAGAAACGUUUCCUACCUCUGAUCCAGAUUGGGACUUGGUCAUUGCAAGCGAUAUCCUACUAUAUGUAAAGCAGUACCCGAACUUAAUCAAGACUCUCUCCUUCCUUCUUCAGUCAUACAAGAUGAAGGAUAACAAACCCAGUCUUAGCAGUCCACAAGAUACUUUAAACGGAUUUCCAUGUCCAGCAUUCUUAAUGAGCUGGAGACGCAGGAUUGGAAAGGAAGAUGAAGCAUUGUUCUUCACUGGGUGUAAGGAUGCUGGUCUUGCUGUAGAACAUGUCGGAUCUCGUGUGUUUUGUAUCAGCCCUAAAAAACAUACAACUGCAGAAACAAAGGAGAAGUGAAUGCCACUUUUAUGAUUCAACUUAUGGUCCAUUAUGGACACAUUUUUCUUCUGAUAUCACUUGGACUUAUUUGACCACAAUGUCAAUCGUCUGGAUGAAGCUUGUGUCGGGAACCAUAUUCUUUUCUUCUUCUUCUAUGUUGUACACUUAUUUGAUUUGGAGAAUGUAGUGUCUCCAUUGUUCAGACAAUUCUGCUGGGAAUUCUAAAAAUCCUCGCUAUUUGUAAGUUUCUCAAUAA